AUGGAGAUUAUUCAGUCCGCUGAAGCAUUUAAGGUCGUCGGCAACAAACUUAAGUUCCAUUGUGUUAAAGGCGUCGUACGACACAACGACAGCGUGUACUUCGGCAAGUGGAAGCAUCGAAGGCGUUCACCUGUUGAUCUCUCCGAGCUAUACGACGUCAAACGAGUAGAGACCGACGACAGAGGGCCCAGGGUACAGCCUUCUUGGACCAUAGUGUCGGAGCAGAGCUGUUACAUCAAGACACCGAGCCUGCUUGACUAUGCUGGUGCACCGGAUCUCGAGAGGCGGAUCCUCCGUGAAGUUGAGACAUGCGAAAUCCUUAGGAGCCAUCCUCAUCCACACAUCGCCUCCUACUACGGUUGCCUAGAAACUCGAGGGCGAGUAUCCGGCCUCUGCUUCAAAAACUACGUCGCGACAUUAGCUGGCAAAGUCAACCCUCAGCAUCUGAACAAAUACGCCUUCCUGCUCAGCGGACGGCCGCUUGUCGAGGAUGCGAUGAAGGCGCAGCUGGGCGGCAUAUUGAGUGGGAUCCAACACCUCCAUUCACUCGGUCUGGUUCAUAAUGACAUUACGCCCGCCAACAUCAUGCUAGAGGAGGACGGCACAUGGGUCAUCAUCGACUUUGACAGUUGCCGGCAUAUGGGGGAAGUGCUUCGUGACACGGGGACCAAGAGAACACAUGGAUGGCACGACCCUGGCGUGACGGUUUCAUUCGAGAAGAACGACCUCGACGCCUAUUUUGAGUUGCGAACCUGGCUCUUUGGAUCGUCGGUUGAUGAGUUCAUGUUCCAGUAA